CAGGCAGCUGCGGGCGCACAUUUCAGAUCAGAUGAAGGAAACUUACAGUCAUGAUCAAUUCUCACUGUAUCUGCUGAGGAGCAUCUGCACACCACCGGCUUCUCUCGGGAAUCCUCCUCGGAAAUGAAGGACGUUUUCACCCCGGAUUGAGAAGCCGCCAUAUUCAAGACCUUUAUUUUUUUGUGAUUAUUCUACUUUUUGAACUCGUGGUGACUCUUCGCUGAUUCGCUUCGUGGCGUCUGCAACACGGCGACUUGGACACGAUGGCCGAGAACAAGCACCCGCAAGUCGUUUUCUGCAACGACUCGCCCAAACGAGUGCUGGUGUCUGUCAUCAAGACCACCCCGAUCAAGCCCAGGAAAGCGGAGGCGAUGACGCCCACCAGCCCCGGCUUCAGCGACUUCAUGGUGUACCCGUGGAAGUGGGGGGAGAACGCCCACAAUGUGACUCUGAGCCCGGGGUCGCUGAGCGGGGCUUCGUCCCCGACCGGCACCGGGACAGCCGGAGAGGGGGACACGGCCCCGUCACCGGAGCAGAUCAAGGAUGGUAUCCGCAGAGGUCGUCCACGCGCUGACACCGUCCGCGAGCUGAUCAACGAGGGCGAGACCUCGUCCAGCCGCAUCCGCUGCAACAUCUGCAACCGAGUGUUUCCCAGAGAGAAGUCUCUCCAGGCCCAUAAGAGGACACACACAGGAGAGAGGCCGUAUCUCUGUGACUACCCUAACUGUGGGAAGGCGUUUGUCCAGAGUGGUCAGCUGAAGACUCACCAGCGCCUGCACACCGGGGAGAAGCCCUUUGUCUGCUCAGAGAAAGGAUGUGCCAAUCGGUUCACUCAUGCCAACCGUCACUGCCCCAAGCAUCCGUUCUCCCGUCUGAAGAGGGAGGAGCCAAAGGAGGGUCAGGGGAAGGCCCAGUCUGUGGAUAACAAGGCUGUGGCAGAGUGGCUGGCAAAGUACUGGCGAACCCGCGAGCAGCGUGCCCCCACGACCACCAAGGUGAAGCCGCAGGGCAAGGGGAUGGCGGAGGACCAGGAGCAGCAGGAUCCCAUGGAGUUCCUCCAGUCGGACGAAGAGAACGAGGAAGAGGAAGAGGCCAUGGAGGAGGAGAAAGGGAGCCAGGGUGGAGUCGCCAAGCAACGCCGCCAGGAGCAGCGGGAGCGUCUCCACGGCGCUCUGGCUCUCAUCGAGCUGGCCAACAACGUGUCUCCCUGAACACCCCCGCCCACCUCCUGGUUCUGGACUCCCCUUCCCCCUCCCCUUCCCAACCCGUCUUCCUGCAAAGCGUGCUGUAGCUAAAAAAAAGAAAUCGUUCAUAAACGCAGAUCAAAGACUAGUUUAGUUCUAUCAAGAGGUGAAACCAGACUUGGAGGAAGAGUUAGCCUGAGAUCAGUUUUAUGCACAGCAUCAUGUAAACCCCCUCCCCCCCCCUCACAGCACCAGGAAGGCACAAGCUAAAGCACCUUAUUCAUCUUACAUUUUAUUCCUUUAGGCUGCUAUAAUUGUAGAUUUGACUAUAUGAAGAAUGUCUUUCUUUCUUCUUGUCUUCUACAGGCAAAGAAAGAGAACCUGUUAUCUUUUUAAUUGGUUUUGUUUGCACUUUGAUGGUAACGAGUUUUUUUAAGUAUAUUAUGAGUGUAAGAGAGUGUGUAUGAAUGAUGUGUAUAUGGAGUAAGCUCAGACGGACAGAAGAAUACAGGGUGUGGUCAAACUUAGGAUCGUGUUAAAGUUGCAUUCUGACAACUUCUCGCCGUGCUCCCAGGUUUCAUAAGUAGAACUUCAGAUCGUUUUAGUCUCACUGGUUCAUUGACUCUCUAACAAUGUGGUGAGUAACGGCUGAGAAAAGGAGAUUCAAAAUAAGUCAUAUAUAUAAAUAUACUAUAAGGGCCCGGGCACACAUCAGCGAAUGGUUCAGUGGUGAACCUCUACUUCCACCUGUUCACUUCCAAACUGUCCGAGCAAGGGGUGAAUCAAACGUUAGUUUCCUGCGCUGCGGCACAUCGCAGCGAGGCUCCACAUUUAAACUUUGGUGAAAUAUGACCCGCGAUAUUAUCUCUUAACAUUCUCAUAUGUGUAACCGUGCACGAAAAAGAUGGACGACAGGUCUUCACUUCUUCCCACUCGCGGAAUCUCCCAAAAACACUUGAACAAUCAUCAGUACGAUUAAAAACUACCUAACAUACCAAACAAUCUAUGACAAAACUAUUUUGUCUAGAUUGUUUUUUUAGAUUGGUCCAUGUCCCAUCUGCUAACAUGGAACAGGUUGGCUUUAGGACCUAUAGCGGAGUCAGCCACCAGGGGGCUUUUAGAGAGAUCUGGAUUCACUUUUGGGGAGUGGUCAUGAUGUCCAUCUUUAUAAAGACCAUGUGACGUGGUCAUUUUUUAUAUGUGAAUGAGCAGUGAUCAUUGCAAGCCUAAUCCACAGGUCUGCUCAGGCAACAAUUCAAGCAUUUACGUUUUAUAUCCGACUGCCUACUUAGUACUUUCUGGAUCGAGCUGAUUAUUAUUCUACAAAAAGUGUUAUUUUUACGAACAAGCCUUAUUUCCAUUUUAACAACUGUUUCCUCGCAGAUACAAGGAGUGUGUGUGUAAAACCUGCAGUGGCCAAAACUCGUUCUCCAACCAGACAGCAGAUAUUCAAUAAUGGAUGUCAGUCGCCUUUUAUAUUAAAAGGUGGCAGAUCAAUUAAGAUUCAGAAUCAUUGAAGUGUUUGGUGAACCCAUGUCAUCUCAUUUCAAAGCUUAAAUUAUGAGGUAUUUAUUUGACCGUAUAUAUAUAUAUAUUUUAUUUUUUUGUUCGAAAACGCUCUAUAAUCAUUCGAUGCAUGAAGGGAGAUCCUCCAACUUCACAAAAACAACCCAAUCAAGUACAUUCAGAGAUCACACUGAUUUCUUGUGGAUGAAGCACUUACUUAGUCUUGGAUUAAGCUUGCAAUGCACUGAAGAUUAGAUCUGUUUUACGUGUCCAGGAAAGCGGCGCCCCCCUUUUCAUGAACUGAUUCAUGAAGUGCUGUUUUUUCGUUUUGUCUUCUAAUGCAACACUACAUCCUUCAACACUGUAUGAUGCCUCUCAUUACGGCCCCGCCGCUGGUUGUCGGGAGGAAUCCUGUCACCAGCUGUGAUGUUUGAAUCAGUUUUUUAUUUUAUUUUAUUUCGAUUUUGAAAAAUGACCCUCGUGCAGUUACAGUGAAACUGGAAGGCAAAUUUGUAAAUUGUUGAUAAUCAAAACGCCAAAUGAUUUAUUGUACCCAGUCAUAGUAUAUUUUGAAGCAUUUCUAACCCGUAGUCUAUUUUGUGGUUCGAGAAGAUUAUGGCAUUUUAAUAUAUACACGACGUGUUUGUUAGAAUAUUGAGUGUGCACAAUUUACAGAGAGCUUUGAAGUUGAACUCUUAGUUUCCGCUAACAUCCUCCUGACAAGUUUCCAUGUUUGUGACAUGUAUAGAGUGAUCCUGCUUCGCUUGGUAGAUAUUUUACACAGAUUUCUCUGACUGUCCACAUUGUUCUAUAAAUUGUUGGUUUUCAAUAAACAUUCACCGAAGUUGACCCAGAAA